AUGGAGGGGGAGGAACCUAGGAGGGGAAAAGAGGGAGGGGAGGAAAGAGGGGGAGGAAAGGAGGGGAGGAAAGGAGAGGGGAAAAGAGGAAGAGGGAGGAACCCCAGAGGGAAAGAGGAGGGAGGAAUGGAGGAACCCAGAGGAAGGAGCAGGAGGGAAGAGGGGGGGAGGGGAAAGAGGGAGGGGAGGAAAGAGGGGGGAAAGAGGGAGGGGGGGAGGAAUGGAGGGGGAAAGGAAUGGAGGGAGGAAGGGAGGGAGGAAUGGGGAGGAAGGAGGAAAGGAGGAGGGAUGGAAAGAGGGGAGGAAUGGAAGGAGGAGGAAUGGAGGGGGAAAGGAGGAAUGGAGGGGAAUGAGGAAAGAGGGGGGAGGAAGGGGGGAAGGAAUGGGGAAAGAGGAGAGGAAAGGAGGGAGGAAUGA